CUCACAAGUAUGUGAUCACGUUGAAUCCGGCCGCCAUUUCGCUUUAACUUAUUUCAUUUUCUUAAAUUAAUUAUAAAUUACCGAUAAUCUUCUAAUAUUUUGGUACAGUAUAUGGCCUAUUGUUAGCACAUCCAUGGCAGAAGGAAACGGGGAAGUCACAGUUAAAAAUGAUGUUUCGGCCUCAGAAGAUGAAAAUGUGGAAAAAACAGAAGAUUAUCCUAAGCUUUUGGAAUAUGGAUUAGAUGUCAAAGUAGCAUCCAAAUUAGAUGAAAUUUAUAGAUCAGGUAAGCUAGCUCAUGCUGAUCUCGACGAGAGAGCCUUGGACGCUCUUAAAGAGUUUCCUGUUGAAGGGGCUGUUAAUGUGUUAUCUCAGUUCCUGGAGUCUAACUUGGAACACGUUUCAAACAAAUCCGCUUACCUCUGUGGGGUAAUGAAGACGUAUCGACAAAAGUCGAGGUCUGGACCCACAGCUCCUACAUUAACACAAGCAGCCCCUCCAGCGAAAGGUCCAGAUGAGGAUAAAAUAAAAGCUAUUUUAGAAAGAACUGGUUAUACUUUAGAUGUAACUACAGGACAACGAAAGUAUGGUGGACCUCCACCUAACUGGGAAGGAUCCCCUCCCGGACCUGGCUGUGAAGUAUUUUGUGGUAAAAUUCCUAAAGAUAUGUUCGAAGACGAAUUAAUUCUAUUAUUUGAAAAAAGUGGUAAAAUAUGGGAUCUAAGGUUGAUGAUGGACCCAAUGACUGGAACCAAUAGAGGUUAUGCCUUUAUUACUUAUACGACAAAAGAUGAAGCCCAACAAGCGACAAAAGAUCUCGAUAAUCAUGAAAUCAAACCCGGCAAGCACCUGAAAGUAAACAUUAGUGUACCGAAUCUGCGACUUUUUGUUGGGAACAUACCAAAGUCUAAAGGCAAAGAGGAGAUCUUGGACGAGUUUGGUAAAUUGACAGCUGGUCUCACUGAAGUGAUCAUAUACAGUUCACCUGAUGACAAGAAGAAGAACCGUGGCUUUUGUUUUCUCGAAUAUGAGUCACACAAAGCCGCCUCAUUGGCAAAACGACGGCUUGGCACCGGCCGAAUAAAGGUGUGGGGCUGUGACAUUAUCGUUGAUUGGGCUGAUCCUCAGGAAGAGCCCGACUCAGAAACGAUGGCUAAGGUUAAGGUACUGUAUGUUCGAAAUUUGACCCAAGAAUGCUCAGAAGAAAAACUCAAAGAAGCAUUUGAAGCCUUUGGUAAAGUGGAUAGAGUGAAAAAAAUUAAAGACUAUGCAUUCAUUCAUUUUGAUGAGAGAGAUCAUGCAGUAGCUGCUAUGGAAGAAUUAAAUGGUAAAGAUAUGGGAGGAUCUUGCAUAGAAGUGUCCUUAGCAAAACCACCUUCAGACAAAAAAAAGAAAGAAGAAAUAUUGAGAGCACGAGAACGGCGUAUGAUGCAAAUGAUGCAGCUUAGGGGAGGCGGGUUCUCUCCUCAGCACCCAAGCAUGAUGGGUCCUGGCCCACGACCUCUUGCCCGCGCAUCAGCUACGUCAAUGAGAAGUAUGGGUCGCGGUGAUUAUGAUUAUGAUUACGACUAUUACGGUUAUGGGGAUUAUCGAGGUGGCUACAGCGAUCCAUAUUAUGAUGACUAUUAUCGGUACGAGGAUUACUAUUAUGAUUAUGCUCCACCUCUACCACCCACAUCCCGUGGGCGAGCCAGGCAGCCACAAUCGGCUAUCACGGAGGUCGCUAUGGAGAGAGGACAGGCCAGUACGGGCAUGAAUUCUGGGACCCAGGGUGGGCGUGGGCGUGGAGCAGCGGCGGCGGGGGGUCGGCGUGGGGGCGGUGGCCCGGCCCGUGGGGGCAGCAGUCGACGCAGCGCAGGUCAGCAGCGUACCAGGCAAGGCAGCAAUCAGCGUGGCACUUCUCAACGCGCUCCCACAUCCAAACAAAGUUUACCAGGUAAGCGCAAGUUGGACGGGGGCACUAACCAGAACCAGGGGGAAACGAAGCGUCGGUACCAGCGAAGCGGCGGCUGGGAACCGCUGGGAGGAGGUGGUUACGGCAUGAAUGGUGGUGGCGAUCAGCAAUGGUACCAGGAUUCCUACGCCACCUGGAACUAGAACCAGCACCUCCAUUCACCUCCCACAUUAAAAUAUUUUAGUUUUAUUGUUUUAUUUUUUUAUUUAAAAACAAUUUUGCCCUCUUUUUCGGUCUAAAAUUUUUAUACUCUCGAUUAAUUGAGAAAAAAAUUAAUAUUUUUUUGACUUUCUUAAAAAUUUAUCUUCCCCUUCAUUAAGUGCAUUUGGCUUUAAUUAUUUUUGAAUAUAUUGUAAUUUUAUUCGACUUGAAAUGAAUUUAUAUUUAAAGAUGAAAAACUUUUAAAUAACGUUAAAAAAAAAUAUGAAGAAAGGAAUUAUACAACUAAUACAUUGUUAUUUGUAGAGUUAUAAAGAAUUAUAUUAUACUUGGUACAGAUAGUAUGGAUUAUGUAAAUUAUUACAAGAAGAUACAUGUGAUUAGUCGCUACUUGUACUGUAAACAUUCCCCCAAUUACAUUGGAAGGACCCCCCUAGUUCUGGAGAAAAUUACAUCAAUAGGGGGUAUUCCACCCACUGCCUCCCCACUCUGUUAUCUGUUAUUACAAUUAUUGUUUACAAAUUUGGUUAUCGGCUUUUUGGGUUCUCGUUAAUACUUUAGGCCCUUUAUCCGUUUUAUUAAUUUUUUUUUUAAUAUAUAUUAUAUGAAAUAUUGUUUUACAAUUCUCUUUAUAUUUGUAGAAUGCAGUUUAGAUUAAUUUCUCUUCUAUAUAAGCACAUUUGAAAUUAUCUUUCAGUUUGUUUUAAUUAUAAGUUGGUUGGCGCAAGAAGUUUACUGUUAACUUGCAUAUAUAUAUUCUUUUUUUAAGUUGGAUGUUUUAUGUUAUGUAUGAACUAAUGUCCAGUUUUAAUUAAAUAAAUAAGCAUAUUUUAAUGCUUAAUAAAAUUAUACAAUUUGUUUAAAUUUAUUAUUACUACGUUUCUUAAGUGUUAUCAUGUUAUUUAUAUUGGGGGUAGAGCAUAGGCAACGAUAACCAGGUUACAAUACUUGGUUGGCGACCAUUUCUUUAACACUGGGUUUGUUACAAUAUCUAUGUUACUAAUAUUAAAUUUUAGCUUUAUAUUUUAUGACAUUGUUUCAAAUUUUACAUUUAAGGAAUUUUGGAAUUUUUUUUUAAUAAGAUUAAAGAAAGAUAUCCAUUAGUUAAUUAUGCAAUCCCAUAAUUGUCUUGCGUCAUACUCUUAGUAACCAGUAGAUUUGCUUUUGCUUCUUGAUUUUCAGCUUUAUUUAAAAUUUAAGUAUCAUUUAUUUAGUGUGACAGUUUAGUGUGCAAAAAAAAAAGUUUUUUUUUACCACAUCCUUGUUUUUUGAGCUCAAUAUGGCACCUUUUUUUUACAAAAUAUUUCCUGAGAAGCCAAAUGUAUAAAGAAUCAUGUCUCAAUAAACAGUUGUAUGUGACCAUAUUUU